AUGAAGACUCUACACUUUGCGUUGGUGCUCUCGCACCUACUGGUUCUCACCACUGCCCUCCAGCAUAUCCCCGUUUACAAGUGGACGAGUCCUGCUCGCUCAACGCCAAAACCCCUUCAAAAGAGGGACGAAGGGUAUCAGCCCGAGUUUGGAGUUUGCGAAGGCGAUGAGGUGACGUGCUCCGCCUGUGGUUCCGGGUAUGAAGAGUGUCAAGGUAGUCGGGACGAUGCACUCUUCUGUUUCGAUCCUACCAAAGGUCAACGGUGUUGCAUGGAUAAUACCGGAACUGCUUGUGAUGCCGGAUUUUACUGCGCGGGAGCCAGCGACGGAAAUACCUUUUGUUGUCCGGAUAACUUGAGUAUCAGCGAAUGUGCAAAUGCGUUCCAAAUGCAGCUUUCAUCUCUUUCCAUUCCUGAAACCACAACCAUCCGACGUCAAUCGACAGUGACGGAGACGAAGACCACUCCUCGUCCCACGACUCCUCUCCAAAAUACAUUGAGAUCCUCACCUGCCCCUGCUGAUUCCCCCUCUACUACCUCUACUUCCUCUACUCCCCCUUCGCCCUCGAUCUCAACCUCGACCUCAGCCUCAACCUCAACCUCAACGUCGACUUCGGCUUCCAUCCAAACUUCCACUCCGACUCCGGCUUCCGAUUCCACCUCUACUUCCAUCGAGGUUCCAUCUUCCGCACCUUCGAUUCCUAUAUUAUUCCUUAAUAGCACCAGCGGCGCUACGCCCUCAGCCACCAGUGACUCGCCGGCUCUCCCCUCAAGCAGCAGUGCGAGUGAUGUAGACCCAGCAUCUGGUGAUGAUCGGGACAGCGAAGGCGCCGCAAUCGGCGACGUAUGGCCAAACCCUGCCCAUUUCCCUCAAGACGGCUCAGUCUGUCGUGUGGCCUGCAGCAAUUCCGGAGACAAAGUGGCCAUUCCUCGCGAGGUCGAAGUGACUCUCUCCGAGGUCAUCACCAAGGCUUUCACGGUUACCGUUCCGGGUCGUACAGGUUGUGACUAUGCCACAACCAUUACUUCUACGCUUACUUUCUGCACGGUUGAGACGGUUACCUUGGAUUGUGAACCCACUCCCGGGAUCCCACUAGAGAUCCCAGUAGCCACCAACACUCCCUGGGAGGAUGGCCCUGACUCGACUCUUACCUUCAUUAUCCCACCUCCUCUCGCAGCAAGCGAGCCAAUCACCUCCCCGGAAGCCCAGUCCUACACAACCGAGAUCCCUUCAACUCCCGAGGUUCCUUCCGCUCCCGAAGAAGUGACUGUUGAUAUUCCAAAGGGAACGCCGGCUGUUGACGUGCCUAGCACCAAGCGAGCGGAGAGCACCGUUCACGUACCCACCACACCGUCCACGGUCCUCAGAUCGCGUACUACCACACCGACCACUACAUCGACAACGUUGACGACUGAGGUCCCGACCUCAACGUUGGUUGCUGGUGGUGCCAGCGGUGGAUCUGUGUCGAAGGUCAUCACAGGAUUCGCGAUCCUCUUGGCUCUGGCUGCGAACUCCACGCUGUAA